AUGGCACUAGUCGAAAAUGUCUAUCAGUUAUCACGGGAAUAUCCUGUGGUAGACCACAGUUAUGACGCUUUAGUUGUUGGUGCUGGAGGUGCUGGUUUACGUGCGGCCUUUGGUCUUGCACAUGAAGGAUUUAAAACUGCUUGUAUCACCAAGCUUUUCCCAACAAGAUCACAUACUGUUGCAGCACAGGGAGGAAUCAAUGCUGCUCUUGGAAACAUGGAACCUGAUGAUUGGCGUUGGCAUAUGUAUGACACAGUGAAAGGGAGUGACUGGCUUGGGGAUCAGGAUGCAAUUCAUUACAUGACAGAGGAAGCCCCAAAGUCAGUGAUUGAGCUUGAAAAUUAUGGAAUGCCCUUCAGUCGAACAGAAAAGGGCCAGAUUUAUCAGCGCGCAUUUGGUGGUCAGAGCUAUAAUUUUGGUAAGGGAGGUCAGGCACACAGAUGUUGUGCUGUUGCUGACAGAACAGGUCACUCCUUGCUUCACACUUUGUAUGGCCAGUCCUUGAGAUAUGAAACAGAGUAUUUUGUGGAGUAUUUUGCACUGGAUCUCCUCAUGGACCAAGGAAAGUGUGUGGGAGUUAUUGCCUUGUGCCUCGAGGAUGGGUCACUUCACAGAUUUAAGGCAAAGAACACAGUGAUAGCAACUGGUGGGUAUGGCCGUGCCUAUUUCUCCUGUACUUCAGCACACACCUGUACUGGAGAUGGAACAGCCAUGGUGGCAAGAGCAGGACUUCCUAACCAAGACAUGGAGUUUGUCCAGUUUCAUCCAACAGGAAUUUAUGGUGCUGGUUGUCUGAUUACUGAGGGAAGCAGAGGAGAAGGAGGUUAUCUUAUCAACAGUGAGGGAGAGAGAUUUAUGGAGAGAUAUGCACCUACAGCUAAAGACUUGGCAUCAAGAGAUGUUGUGUCCAGAUCAAUGACGAUUGAGAUCAGAGAAGGAAGAGGGGUGGGGCCGGACAAAGAUCAUGUGUACCUUCAACUGUCCCAUCUUCCAGCUGAGACACUCAAGACACGGUUGCCUGGAAUAUCAGAGACAGCCAUGAUCUUUGCUGGAGUCGAUGUGACCAGGGACCCCAUCCCUGUUAUUCCCACAGUGCACUACAACAUGGGAGGUAUCCCCACAAACUACAUGGGUCAGGUUUUGACAAAGAAGGAGGGCAAAGAUGAAGUCGUGCCAGGCCUCUGGGCGGCUGGAGAGUCUGCAUGUGCCUCAGUCCAUGGUGCAAACAGACUGGGUGCUAACUCCUUGUUGGAUCUGGUUGUGUUUGGACGAGCAUGUGCAAAUUUCAUUUCUAAGUUUAACAAGCCAGAUGAGACACUUCCCGAGCUCCCUUUGAAUGCUGGAGAGGAGUCUGUUGCUAACUUGGACAAAAUUCGAUAUGCUAAUGGCAGUACACCUACUGCAGAUUUGAGAAUGAACAUGCAAAAGACUAUGCAGGAACAUGCGGCUGUAUUUAGAACUGGUACAGUCUUGGCUGAUGGCUGCCGAAAAAUUGAUGAUAUCUACAACCAGACAGAAGACCUCAAGUUGUUUGAUCGUGGCAUGGUGUGGAACACAGAUUUGGUUGAAACGCUUGAACUACAGAAUCUUCUCAUCAACUGCAAGCAGACUCUUUAUGGAGCAGAGGCUCGUAAGGAAAGUCGUGGUGCGCAUGCUCGAGAGGAUUUCAAGGAACGUAUCGAUGAGUAUGACUACUCCAAGCCGCUGGAAGGUCAAACAAAGCGUCCGUUUGAUAGCCACUGGAGAAAACACACCUUGGCCUGGACUGAACAUAAUACAGGAGAGACAACCCUGGAUUAUCGAGGAGUUAUCGAUGAAACUCUGGAUCAGAAAGACUGUGCCUCUGUCCCCCCGGCAGUUCGCUCUUACUAG